AUGACAGAAGAGUACCUAGGCCUGACAGCCGCGAUGGCCCGCGCUUGCCUGCACUGCCACGGCAGUUUCGUAGAGAAGUUCUCCUUCCACUGCCAUCAUGUGAACCUCAAACCGCGUGUGGGCGACAUCCCCGUGUCGAGCUCACUGCUCAAAAACUGGAGCCAGAACACGAUGAGACACCCGGCCAUCCCAUCGAAGAUCACCCGGGAGAAGCUGGACCAAGUGGCAGACACGUACCAGAAAAUGGACCAGCUGCACCAGGGAAAGAUUUAUUUCCCGGUUAAGGGGGCGGCCCACCCGCCCCGGGACACCCCAGUCUGCCCAUCUCUCGAACUUGCCUUCCUCCUGCCUCCCUUUUUUAGGGAAAUUGGGGUAUUUCCCUAACGAGCUUCGAGUCAUCUUCCAAUAAGAGACCAUUUCCUGCAGCGAUUGCGAAUAGGGCUCAGCAGUGGCGAUGUGCUGAGGGCCCCAAUGCCCAUGGGGUCCAGGGCUCUUCCCAAGGGGCCUAUCCUCCACCUCAUCCCUGCUUUUCACCACCUGGGUAGGAUGGGGUGUACAAGGCUAGCCCUUCUCUGAACUUGGGGCCACACCGCCUCUACACACACGUAUCCCUGCAGGUCAUCUGUGCAGAGGAAGACAGUUGUGCAGUGUCUCCUCCUUAACAAGUGAGUCUUUGUAGAACUAAUUGGCACAAGUAAAUACCACCUCCCCAAACCCAAUGUGAAUUUUAUCAGAAGUAAUGGGUUGAGCAUCUGUAGGGACAGCCACCGGGAGGCAGGACCUGGCCCCUGUGCUCAGGGCCCCAGCCCCUUUCCCUCAAGGGUCUCUGAGCUCAGCUGGCACAAAGUGGGCAAAUCAUCCUGACUAAAGGGUCCCUCCCCCAGGAGUCUGGUCUGACUCUUGCCCUGAGUGGGUGUCAGGCCUGUGGUCAGAACCUAGGAUA